UAAAGGCUCCCUCUCCAGGCUUUGAUCUAACUCUGGGUACGGCUAACAGACCUCCACCUGGAGACCUGACGGGUCGGGUCGGGUAGUAGUCUGUGAGCAGGUCAGAAAUGUGGACAGGAGCUGAACCACUGAGAACUUUAUGGACUAGUAAAAUGAUUUAAAAGUGGUUCUGUGUUGUUCGGGGAGCAGGUGGAGUGUUUAGAGGACCAGAGUGAUGCUUUCAGAUGUUCUCAUACAGGACAGGCUGCAGAGCUUUGAAUAAGUUGAAGUCUUCCUACAAGUGGUUUGUGGAUCAUCCAGUGAUGUAAUCUAAUUGAGAUGAAUGCAUGGACUCAUCUCUCUGUGUCUGUUUGGGACAUGAAGGCUCUGAGGUUUGAUUUGUUCUUUAAAUGGUAAAAUGCUGCUCUGCUAACAUCGGCGAUCUGACUGCUAAAGUCUGAAUCCAGAGUAAUGCCAUGAUUUGUUGGCUCACUGUAUUUCAUGGACAUGGAUCUGGGGUGGAGAAGGAUGAGUCCGAAACAAAAGAAACCAUGAGCACAGAACUCCAAACUGUACUAUCCACACUAUCCGAGCUGCUAACACAUAGUUUAUGUCUUUGUUGUUUAAGGCAUCUCACGACCCAUGACCUCCAGGGGGGAUCCUGACCCCUACUUUUUGGAACCACUGAGUUAGACGACAGAGGAACUAAAAGUCGGGGAAAAAAACUACCCUGGGAUGUUUGCAUGAAACUCAAGUGAAAACAAAAAGCACAAAACUCACAUGAAGUUUAAAGACUAAAAUAUUUCCCCAGAGAUUUUACAGAGCUGAUGAUGAAACCAAGAACAUAAAAAACACCAAAUAUAAAAAAUAUAAAGUGAAAUUUACAAAGUGUGUGUGUUUGUGAGGUUGGUUAUUAUAGUUUCUAUUCCUAAAAACAUGGAGAUUACUUUCAACCAAAAUGAGACAAUUCCCACAUUUCUGGACAAAAAUAUAAACAUGAUAUUUACUUUUUUUCAUAUCAGCCACUAGAGGGCACUGCAGCCAUUCUUCAAAAGUUUCUCUGAAAAUGAUUAAGAGCCUGAAUAUUUUAUCCAUGGGGGGGGGGAGGAGCUUUCGGCUGAGUUCUGUAGAAAACACAAGCAAUCUGUUGUAACUCGAGGUUGGAAGUCGUUUGUGAAGAGGGAAGUGCGAGGGGAGCUGCAGAUAAGCUGUUACAUAAAGGCCUCUCACACAAACACACACUCACAGCGUGAAUAGCUGCACUCUUCCUCUUUUAGGGACUUUAUUUUUGCGUAUUUGCAGUCAGGAUGCUGCUGGAGCUGCUGCUUUUCGGGGCCGCGUUAGUCGGACUUUAUUUCCUCCUUCACUUGACUGUUUUAAAGAUGCCGAGGUGUAAAAGUGACGUGACGUUAAACGGGAAAACUGCCAUCGUCACCGGAGCAAACACUGGCAUCGGUAAGACCACAGCAAUGGACUUGGCGAGGAGGGGGGCAAGAGUGAUCAUGGCCUGCAGGGACAGAGGCCGAGCAGAGGCCGCCAUCAAGGACAUCGUCCAGGAGACGGGGAACAACCAGGUGGUCUUCAUGCAGCUCGACCUGUCCAGUCUGAAGUCCGUUCGAUCAUUCGCUGAAAACUUCCUGCGUUUGGAGUCCAGACUUGAUCUGCUCAUCAACAAUGCUGGUCUGUUGUCAAAGGGAAAAACAGAGGACGGCUUUGGGAUGAUCUUUGGUGUAAAUCACCUGGGUCACUUCCUGUUGACGGUCCUGCUCCUGGACCGGCUAAAGGCGAGCGGCCCGAGCCGCAUUGUGACGGUGUCAUCUGACGGCCACAAGGGAGGGAAAGUGGAUUUCAAUUGUCUGACGACUCACAGAGAUUUAAGUUUGGGCGACAACGACUUCCAGCUGCUCAAGAACUACUGCCACAGCAAACUGUGCAACAUCCUGUUCACCACCGAGCUCGCCAAGAGGCUGCAGGACUCAGACGUCACCUGCUACAGCCUCCAUCCAGGAAUCAUAAAGACAGAGAUCGCUCGGAACACGGGUUUCUUGUGGAAGCUCGUGGUGACACCCAUCUUUGCCCCUUUCCUUGUGGACGCUGAGUCCGGAGCUCAGACCACGCUCCACUGUGCACUGGAGCCGGGAAUCGAACACCUCAGUGGACACUACUUCUCCAGCUGUGCUCCACUAACCAACCUCAAGGCGAGAGACGAUGCCACGGCGAAGAAGCUGUGGGAGCUCAGCGAGAGUUUCUGCGGUCUGUCCUAAAAUCAGAAAUUAAAAUCUGAGCUUUGUUUUUCUUUCCCCAAAAUAAUUCUCAUAAAGAGACCCUUUUUAAAGAUAUAACAAGUAUGUUUCUUUGUACUCAUGUUGUACAGCAUUACAAUGUGACGUCUCAAGAUUCUGAUUGUCCUUGAAUGCAUCACUGCAGAGUUCAGAACUGUCUGUACUUCAUGAUAAACAUUGAUUUAUAAUCAUGUAACAGUGACUCAAUGUUUACUUCAACUGUAGAUUAUUGAACAGCUAACAUUAGCAGCAAUAUUAUUGUUUAAGUUUUUUAUUGAUUUAAUCUCAUAAACAUGACAGGACAAACUAAAUGUUGAUCAUAUUUCAAA